GUCCCUGCACAAACGGACUGUAACGUUUGUUGGCUGCGUGUUUUGGACUGGGAAACUUUAAACCAGCAGAGAACUUCACUGCCCUGGACGUGCUGAAGGUACUCUAAAAGUCUGCUUUAAUCGGAGGAACAGCAAGCAAAAGAAAAAAAGGAGAAGACAACUUUCUCUGAGUACUAAAUUCACACUGGAAGUAAACCUGUUGGCGACCUGGAGAAAGGGAGUGAAGCAUGCAGAGGUACGACUCGCUUGGUACCCGGCUGCGCUACAGGCUGACUCUGGCCUCGGGGGUGCUGGAGUGUCUGGGCUUUGCCGGCGUGGUGUUUGGUUACGCUUCUCUGGUGUUUGUUCUGAAGGAGGAAGGCUACUUCAGUCAUCUGUGCGUCAGUGUCCCAGUUACCAACCGCACCCUAACAAGUUUAGACUGUAGUAGACAGGAUGAGCAGUUCUCUCUGGUCUUCACAAUCGCCUCGUUCCUCAACAACUUCCUCAACCUGGUCAAUGGCUACCUGUUUGAUCGAUUUGGCACCAUGGUAACAAGGCUGCUGGGAAUAUCUUUGUACACCAGUGGAACCCUUCUUCUGGCCUUCUCCAGUGCAGCAUUUUCAGAGCUGCUUUUCCCUGCCUUGUCCUGCAUCGCUGUGGGAGGAAUUCUGCUCCUUAUGACCAACAUGCAGGUGGGAAACUUGUUCGCUGCUCAUCGCUCCACCAUCAUCACCCUCUACAAUGGUGCCUUUGACUCCUCUUCUAGUGUGUUUCUAAUCAUCAAGGUUCUGCAUGAACAGGGAAUCUCUCUUCGCUCCUCCCUCCUUGUUUUGUCCUUCUGCAGCAUCAUACAUCUGGCGAGGACCUUCCUGCUGAUGCCGAGAGACGUCAUCCCCUACCCUCUACCACAACGCUACACCUACGGAUUGAAUUGUGGAAAAGCCAACACUUACAACGUGGAGCAGUUUGAGAAGAUGAGGGAUGGUGCCAUGACAGUUUCACAGGAGUCGAGUGGGAGUGAAGACAUGCAACCAGCGCUUGAGGACGGGACAGAUGCCCAAGACUCAGGAAAAGCAGCGAGUUUCCGGAGCUGUGUGCUGUCAUGGUUCUUCCUGUGGCACCUGUUGUGGUUGUCCAUAAUGCAGCUGAGGCACUACCUCUUCAUUGGCACACUCAACCCCAUGCUCAACCGGCUGGCCAACAAUGACCCCGACCUGGUGAGUCAGUACACCAAUGCUUUUGCUAUGAUCCAGCUGUGUGGAGUACUGUGUGCUCCCUUGAACGGACUCAUCAUGGACAGACACAAGAGAAAGCCUUUAGCUCCAGGAGAAACCGAGCAGGAGGCUGACCUGCACUCCUCCUCUCUGUCUCUCUUCCUGACCUCCCUGCAGUGCCUGCUGUUCUCUGGGUGCGCCUCCAUCCCUCUCCUCCCUCUGCAGUACCUCACCUUUGUUCUACAAGUCCUCAAUCGCUCCUUCCUAUACGGCGGAAACGCAGCGUUCAUUAGCAUUGCUUUUCCAGCCUGUCACUUCGGGAAGCUGUACGGCCUGGUGAUGUCCAUGUCUGCUUUGAUCUCUCUGCUGCAGUAUCCCUGCUUCACCCUGGUCAAAGGAGCUCUGGGUGGAGACCCCUUCUUUGUGGACAUUGCUCUGAUUGUCCUCAGUCUCCUGGUGUUUAUCCAUCCUGCCUACAUCUUUAUACACUGCAGGACAGUAGCCCGCCACAGAGAGGACAACGACCAGACGGAUGUUGAUAAUGGCUCCAAAACGGCUGAAGUCAAGUUAUAAAGUGUAUAAGGUUUACUUUUCAGGAUUUCUUAGAGGAAACACAAUAUUUUUUACUUGCCUGUCUGUUCCUAUUCAGAUGGUUUAACUUGAACUACAACAUUUUGUAUAACCUUUUUUUAUCCAAGUGCACUGAAAUGUUUUUAAUGCUUGCUAGAACAGAUACAUGUAUACGUUUUUUAAAUGUUCUGCAUA